AACUGAAUUUACUAACCAACCCGUUGUAAUAGAACCGGACCAGAUUCCAAAUUUCCUCACCUAACCCAAGCAAUCCCUUGCUUCUUCAUCAAAUCAAAAUCAAAAUCAAAAAUCAAAUCUCCAGCUUCACAUUUCAAUUCUCCCCCCAUCAAUUUUCGAGUCGCUGCUCCAGGUUGCUUCUUGUAUGAACUAUAGUGAUUGUUUCCCACAAUUGUUCUGUGUCCCUAUCGUAAAUGGGAUUUUGCUGGAUGCUUUGAUCAACUGAAAAUUAGUGAUUUUUCUUGAGAACUGAUGGAUGUGGAUAGUGAUACUACCUCCCCCGAUUCGGCUGUUGUUCGGACGAUUCCAAUUCGCUCUAGGCGAUUUCAAGCUUUCCAUCAGUUUAAACAGCAAAGCCUUCCGGCUUGUAAACCUGUCCUGACACCAGCAUGGGUUAUUACUACAUUUUUGUUGCUGGGUUUUCUCUUUGUUCCCGUUGGGCUUGUGACUCUACGUUCUUCUCGUGAUGUUGUUGAAAUUGUGGACCGAUAUGAUGUGGACUGUGUUCCUGAGCCAUUCAGAGCUAACAAGGCGUCAUAUAUCAAGGAUACUUCAGUUCCCAAAAAUUGCACUCGUAUCUUGAAGGUAGACAAGUAUAUGAAAGCUCCAAUCUACAUUUAUUAUCAGCUUGAUAACUACUAUCAAAAUCACCGAAGAUAUGUCAAAAGUAGAAGUGAUCAGCAGCUCUUACAUGGACUAAUGUACAAUGACACGAGUUCCUGUAAACCUGAAGAAUCUGACAAUGGCCUUCCUAUUGUCCCUUGUGGGUUGAUAGCAUGGAGUUUGUUCAAUGACACAUACACAUUUAUUAAGGGAACUGAAGAAUUGAGGGUCAACAGGAAGAACAUUGCAUGGAAAAGUGACCGUGAGCACAAAUUUGGGAAGCAAGUGUAUCCCUUCAAUUUCCAGAAUGGGACCUUGAUUGGUGGUGGAAAUCUGGAUCUUCAUAUCCCUCUAAGUGAUCAAGAGGAUCUUAUUGUGUGGAUGCGUACUGCUGCUCUUCCUAGCUUCCGGAAGUUGUAUGGUAGGAUUGAAGAAGAUUUGGAUGCAGAUGAUGUUAUUGUUGUUCAUCUGAUGAACAAUUAUAAUACUUACAGCUUUGGAGGCAAAAAGAAGCUUGUCAUCUCAACAUCAAACUGGUUAGGAGGAAGAAAUGAUUUCCUCGGGGCUGCCUAUGUCUUUGUUGGUUCUUCUGCUAUAAUUCUCUCACUCGUUUUCUUGUUGCUACAUGUGAAGAAUCCAAGGCCUUACAGAGACAUAGCAUACUGGAAUGUAAAAGGAAUUUCUAGCUGAAUAGGUGAUGCUCAAUAUUAUUUAAAGACAAUUGCAGUUGAUCUUGUAGUUCGACAAAUUUUUGAAAGUCCGUAGCAAUAUCCACAUGCUCAAGGCCCAGAGAAAGGGCACUCAAACAAUUCGAUUCCAAAAAAUCAGAGAUCGCUUGCUGGCUACGCUAUAUAGAUCUAGAUAAUUGUAUUUCUACCGUAAAUAUUACUGCAGAAGCUACCAUACUCUCUUCAGAGGUAACUGAUCUUAAGACAAAAUUACUCCGUUUUGUGCCUGAAAGAGCAUGUAGAGAUGAAAGCUGAUCACAUUCCUGAUGUUGUCAUACGAGUUGUCUAGUAUCAGUCAUACCGUGUUUAUAAGCUAGCGUUAUAUUCAGCACUUCAGUUUCUCGGGAAUUGAAAUAUUGAUCUCAUGUAUUACGAGAUAUAAACAUUUCAUCGAUAUGAAUACCAUGUGUGAUAUACCAGAAACCUUAAUGUGCCUCUAUUUAUGUAAUUUUCUUCAAAAUUUCUAUUGUUCUAUGUAAAGAAUAUGUUUGCUCCAUCAUUUUUAGAAAAUGUGGACUGAUCAUUAUAUAGAAAUCUUAUGUAAUCAUUGGAAACAA